CAUCUCGCCCCUUUCUACCGUUUGCAGUAAGUUUCGGCCUCGCUUUCCCGACCCAGCUCGCAAGCCACGCGCAUCGGGUCUCUCAGCGAUCUCCCCCACUCUCCCCCCCAUCCCCCCCGCGUCGCAGCUCACCCCGCCGGCGGCCGCGCGACGGCCCCGCCCCCGACCCCCGACCAGGCGGAGCGCGGCCAGGGCAGGCGAGAUGGUCUUCGUCUGGCUCGCCGCCUUCUUCCUCGUCGUCGCGCUCAUCGUGCUCGUCAUCUUCCAGUUGAUGUGCUUGGCAGAUCUGGAGUUCGAUUAUAUCAACCCGUUUGAUUCAUCCUCUCGAAUCAAUAAAGUGGUUAUGCCAGAAUUUAUAGUGCAAGCACUUCUAAGUGCAUUAUUCCUCUUAUCUGGGCAUUGGGCGAUGUUCUUGCUUUCUGCCCCAAUGGUGUACUAUAACUAUACAUUGUACCAGCGGCGGCAGCAUCUUGUAGAUGUGACAGAGAUAUUUAACCAUCUUUCACGGGAGAAGAAGCGCCGUCUUUUUAAGAUAGCUGCUCUUAUCGUCCUCCUAUUCUUGUCCUUGUUCUGGAUGAUUUGGAGUGUACUGGAGGAGCACGAGUAGAAUGAGAGAAACACUGUGAUAGCUCAACCUGGUCCUGCAGCCAUUAGUUAGGUAUUACGACGGUGUCCUCGUGGCCUGCUGAACACCUACUCCGAUGCCGUUAUUAUUCAUAUGAAAGCCUUUUGGAUAACUUUAGGGUGUCUAGAGAAACGAUGCAAGCAGAAGGGCGAAGACUACGUGUCCAGGGUGCUUCUUGUUGCUCGCGCCUAGUGCGAAAUCUCCUGCUGUGCGUGUAACAUAACAUGUAAGUUAGGAGCCAUUCCGUAUUUAUUUGAUCGUGCAUCCGUUCAUAUGGGGCAAAGGAAUUGCUGCACCCAACUGUGCAUGGUUUUGUUGGAACUGACAUUUUCAUGUCUUGUGUUGCCUUGCACCUUUAUAAUGCGGUUGAUUAUGUUGA